UGAGACCACAACACCACAUUCAGUCCGAUUGAAGACACCUCGGUGUCUGGAUGGCAAUUUGUUAUAAAUAUUGUGUGCAAUAAAAGUGCGUUCCAAAUAUGAAUAUUCUAAUUUCGAAAUUUAUGUGGCAAAAUGGAACGCGAAUUAAUCAAUAUAUAUUCGCUAUUAUCAUAACGAUCCCGCUGGUCAGCUUCGGCAUGAUUCAGGGCUGGCUGUCGCCCAUGAUCGCUGUACUGCAGUCCCCAGACACCCCAUCUCCUGAGCCGUACACCACAUCUGACAUAUCCUGGAUGACGUCAGUGACGUACAUCACCGCGAUAGUCUUUGGCGCCCCCAUGGGAUACCUAACUGACAGAUACGGGAGGAAAAUGAUGACACUGCUCACAAUAUUGUCAUUAAUUAUAUAUUGGCAAAUAAAACUGCUCUGCCUGGAGCCGUGGGCGUUGAUCCUGGCUCGUGCCGUCGCUGGAAUCCCUUGCUCUGCCUGCUACAUAGUGCUUCCUAUAUACUUGAAGGAAAUCAGCGACAUUGACUUGAGAGGUGCUUUAGGUUCUCUACUUAUAAUGAAUAGGAAUAUAGGUUACCUGGCUAGCUACGUGUGUGCUGAUUUACUGUCAGUAAACGCAUUGCUGUGGAUCGGCCUGAUGGUGCCGACAGUAUUGUUCUUCAUUUUCCUGGUGAUGCCAGAAACGCCAGAGUUCCUAGUCAAGCAGGGCAAGGUUGAUGAAGCAAAGGCGGUUCUAGCGUGGCUUCGAGGAGUACCCGUCAUAGACAGAUCACUGGAACAAGAGAUAGAGAGCGUGGUGAAAGUGGACAAACAGACUCGAGCCAGCGAAACUUCUGUUUGGGGCAUUAUUUAUAAUGACAAGGCAACAUUCAAAGCGUUCAUCAUUACAUUAGUCAUCAAGAUAGCGCAGCAGUUCGACGGGUACCUCAUAGUGCUUAUAUACGCCGGUCUCGUAUUCGGCAAAGCAUCAGAAUCUAUCAACUUGCACCUCAGCCCCAAUAAACAAAUCAUUAUGAUUGGAGUCAUACAACUUAUAGGGUCGACAGUGGCCACUUGUAUUGUUGAGAAGACUGGAAGAAAGUUACUCCUGGUGACCACAUCGUUUGCAGUAGGAGUCGGUAUGCUGAUCCUCGCGGCCUGGUUCUACCUCAUCUCCGUGGGGGUCUGGAUGCCCGGUUGGCUCCCAGUGUUUGCUAUGGGGCUGGCCAUCUUCGCUGAUGCCGCCGGCUUCCAGCCUAUAUCGUACAUUAUUAUCACUGAUUUAUUCACAUUUCAGCUCCGCGGCACCGUUUCCUCGUUCACAAACAUCUGCGCCAAACUCAGUAACUUCAUUCAGAUGAAGUGGUUCACGAACCUCUGCGAACUCAUCGGUGUCCACUGGACCUUCCUCUUCUUCGCAGUUGUCUGCUUCUGUUCGUGUUUCUACUCUAUGAUCGCAUUCCCUGAAACAAAACAAAGGACUGUUGAAGAAAUAUACGCAAAGUUAACGAGGAGAAGAGGUAAGGGAAAGGAGAAUAAGAAUGAAACUGUGCCUUAGUCGUAAGAUUGGAAUUGUUUUGGAGAACGAGUUGCUCAUAAAAAUAAUUUCACUAUGGUGAAAAAAAUAAGGCGGCACAGAUGAGAAUGAUAAAAUGAGUUUGGAUAUAAUCCAUUCUUAUAAUUGUUUUAGUGUUUCCUUGGACAUUCAGGACACUGUUUUUGUUAUGUUGUGCUUUGGGCGUGUAUCGUGAAGUGAAAUUUAGUGAUAUGUAAUCUAUUUAAGUAGUCAGUCUAUUACCGUAGUGAUUCAAUUAAAAAUCGUAUUAAUAAAUUACAAAUAAAAAAUAUUUCUCUAAGGAUGUACUAAAUUUAUAUUUGUACAAAAAAUAAUAAAGCAUAUUAAGAAUAAUUAUCGCCAAUAACCUAAUUCAAUAAUCAGCCAUUUUUUUGUAAAUAAUUUAUUUUUCAUAAUUAAUCUUGCCAUUAAAUUACAUGUGCAUAUUAAAUUACAAUUUAGAUGAAUAUUUAUUACUUACAAAAUUUAUAAAAUGUCACCUAAUUGUUCUAUGAUAGAUGAUAUUCUAUCAUGCAUAUAAUGCAAUAUUAAUUAUAAUAUAUCUGUAUAAUUAUUUUCAAUUAAAUUGUUAUUACAAAUUGCCUUAUGGUGUAAAUAAACUGCUUUAAGAAUUAAGGAUUGUGAAGACGAAGGUACUUUUUU